GCUACUUUUUCUUAUCCACAUUGCAAAUACCCUUAUUUCAUAUGAAGUGAAACAAGAAAUAUUGGAAGCUGAAAUAUCGAUUUGAUUAUUUUUGGUGAAGACUACAAGUCCCACGAUGCCUUGGCUUAGAAGGUCUCACUACGUCAGACCACGACGGUCGUAAACUACAAAAUCUGUAGCUUUACGCAUCGACAAGGAGAGUGCUCUCGUUGAACUACACCUACCAGAUAGCAUUGCGAAUAACCCGGAAGUGAGUUGUUAUUGCUACAGCUGUAUAACACGAAUUGCAUAGAAGGGCUUCUACGAGAAAUAAUCAUGAAUGUGGUUCUUGCUGUUAAGCAGUAUGUGUCUAAGAUGAUAGAGGACAGUGGACCCGGUAUGAAGGUUUUGUUGAUGGACAAGGAGACGACGAGCGUGGUCAGCAUGGUGUAUACGCAGUCUGAGAUCCUACAGAAGGAGGUGUAUUUGUUUGAACGCAUAGAUUCAGGCAACAGAGAGAACAUGAAGCACUUAAAAGCCAUAUGUUUUCUUCGGCCAACUAAGGAAAAUGUAGAAUACCUAAUCAAGGAGCUGCGAAGACCUAAGUACAGCGUUUAUUUUCUCUACUUCAGCAAUGUGAUCAGUAAAAGUGAUGUGAAGUCAUUAGCUGAGGCAGACGAGCAGGAGGUUGUGUCAGAAGUUCAGGAAUUCUAUGGUGAUUAUAUUGCUGUCAACCCGCACGUGUUUUCCCUGAACAUUCAGAGCUGCUAUCAGGGCAGGAAUUGGGAUCCCAUUCAGCUGUCGAGAGCAACACAAGGACUGACUGCUCUUUUGCUGUCUCUUAAGAAGUGCCCCAUGAUCCGGUAUCAGCUGUCAUCUGACAUGGCUAAGCGACUGGCAGAGGGAGUUAAGCAAGUCAUCACAAAAGAGUAUGAGCUGUUUGACUUCCGUCGGACAGAGGUGCCCCCUUUGCUGCUGGUCCUUGAUCGCUGUGACGAUGCUAUAUCCCCACUGCUAAAUCAGUGGACGUACCAAGCCAUGGUCCAUGAGUUACUGGGGAUAAACAACAAUCGUAUUGACCUGUCCCGGGUACCUGGUAUCAGUAAAGAUCUGAAGGAAGUCGUGUUGUCUGCUGAAAACGACGAGUUCUACGCCAAUAACAUGUAUCUGAACUUUGGGGAGAUUGGAACCAACAUCAAAAACCUGAUGGAAGAUUUCCAGAAGAAGAAGCCCAAAGAACAGCAGAAGCUGGAGUCCAUCUCAGACAUGAAGGCUUUUGUGGAGAAUUAUCCCCAGUUUAAGAAGAUGUCUGGCACAGUGUCCAAGCAUGUCACCGUGGUAGGAGAGCUGUCCCGCCUGGUCAGUGAGAGGCAUCUAAUGGAGGUAUCGGAGGUGGAGCAGGAGCUGGCUUGCCAGAACGACCACUCCAGUGCAUUACAGAAUAUAAAGCGACUAAUGCAGAACCAGAGGGUGUCGGAGGUAGAUGCUACCAGGCUGGUCAUGCUGUACGCUUUGCAUUAUGGGAAACACAGUAGCAGUGCUCUUCCGAGUCUCCUUACUGACCUCAGGAACAAAGGUGUGUCCGACAAGAACCGAAGGCUGGUUUCUGCAAUGGCGGAAUUUGGUGGUAAAAGGGCACGAGGCAAUGAUCUCUUUAACCCAAAGGAUGCGGUAGCCAUCACCAAGCAGUUCUUCAAAGGAUUAAAGGGAGUAGAGAAUGUUUACACUCAACAUCAACCACUUCUUCUUGACACUUUGGAUCAGCUUAUUAAAGGAAAACUGAAAGACAGUUUGUACCCUUACCUGGGACCAAGCACAUUGAGAGACAGGCCUCAAGAUAUAAUUGUAUUCAUGGUUGGAGGAGCCACAUAUGAAGAAGCUUUCACAGUAUAUAACCUUAAUCGCACUACACCUGGAGUCCGUAUUGUGUUGGGAGGGACGACUAUUCACAACACCAAAAGUUUCCUGGAGGAAGUUCAGAGUGCCGGCCUCCAUAGCCGUGUUUCAGAAAGUUCUCAGGGAGCAGUGAGGUCAUCAGUCAGGCGAUGAAGAUUACCAGCCUCUGUGUGGGAGACUGCGUCAUCCUGUGUACAUGAAUGACUUACCACAUGGUUAUUCCAUGUCAUUUUAUGAGUUGUGUUUGUUGUUCUUAUGUCCUCUCCCUGGAGAGAGAAUCUUGAUGUGUGCUCAAAACCAGGAAAAUCCAGCUUUACAAAUGGCAUUUAUCACCAAUACAUACAGGAUCAAGACGUAAACAAGCGAGCCAAUCAUUUCUUAAGGCAAAAAAAAUUCAUUGUUAAGAAGACAUUAUUUCUAUUUAUAUCUUUUCUUUUUUUUUCCUUUCUUUUUUUGAGGGAGUGUUGAAUUCAACACUAAACCAGCAUUAUUCUACAUUAAAUUAAAAAAAAAUA